UCCGUUUCCGUUUGCUCUUUGCAGAAGGGGCGCGAAGUCGAGUCUGUGUCUGACCCCGUCAGCCUGUGAUUAACAGCGGCCAGAACGUCACCAUGAGUAAGCGCAAAUCCAGGGAAGCCCACCUGGCUGUCGGUGACUGUGUAGCUCAGGUCCAGAGAAUAUUGAGGGAGCGCUUUUGUCACCAGCGGCUUCCAGAUAGGCCUGUGGGUCUGGAAUCACAGUACAAGCAUCUGCUGGAGCUGUUGAGGAGAACAGCAGUUCAUGGCGAAAGUAACUCUGUUCUCAUCGUGGGCCCACGUGGAGCUGGAAAAACCAUGCUGCUUCGCUGUGCUCUAAGGGAGCUGCUGGAGCUGCAGGAGGUGAAGCAGAAUGUUCUCCAGGUUCACCUGAGCGGUCUGCUGCAGACGGACGACCGUAUCGCUCUGAAAGAAAUUACUCGGCAGCUCCACCUGGAGAACGUCGUAGGAGACAAAGUCUUUGGCAGCUUUGCAGAAAACUUGGUAUUUUUGUUGGAGGCUCUUAAAAGGGGUGAUAAGAGUAGUAGUCGUCCGGUGUUCUUCAUUCUGGAAGAGUUUGAUCUGUUUGCCCAUCAUAAGAACCAGACCCUCCUGUAUAACCUGCUUGAUGUGUCUCAGUCAGCUCAGGCUCCUGUGGCUGUGGUGGGCCUCACCUGCAGGCUGGAUGUGCUGGAGCUGUUGGAAAAGCGAGUGAAGUCACGAUUUUCCCACAGACAGAUUCACCUGUUGAGCUGCAUGAGCUUCUGUCAGUAUCUAGACGCGUUUCGCUCUGAGCUCGCCUUGCCAGAUGAUUUCCCCGACAGCAAGUUCUCUCAGGAGUGGAACCUCAACGUCUCGGAACUCUGUGAAGAGAAGUCGGUACAAGAGAUUUUACAGAAACAUUUUAACUCCUGUAAAGAUUUUCGCUCCCUGCAUUUACUGCUGCUGCUGGCGUUGACUCGUGUGUCCGUGUCGAACCCGACUCUGAGAGCUGUAGACAUACUGGAGGCCAGUCGAAUGAGCUCCGCUGACUCAAAAGCUAACAUUCUCCAUGGUCUGUCUGUCCUGGAGUUAUGUUUGAUAAUCGCUAUGAAACAUCUGAAUGAUAUCUACGAGGGAGAGCCCUUUAACUUCCAGAUGGUUCACAACGAGUUUAAGAAAUUUAUUCAGAGAAAGUCUCACUCCAUCCAUAAUUUUGAGAAGCCAGUGGUGAUUAAGGCGUUUGAGCACUUGCUGCAGCUGGAGCUGAUCCGGCCGGUGGACGGCGGGGUGUGUAAGGUGCAGAGAGAGUACCAGCUGAUGCGGCUGAUGCUGGAUCACACGCAAGUAAUGGAGGCUCUGCAGAGAUACCCACAAUGCCCCACUGACGUCAAGCAGUGGGCCAUUUCUGCCUUCGGGUGAUUUUCUUGGAUGAACUCCCAGUUCAGUUAACGCUGUAUUUAAACUUCUCGCACUUCAGUUUCUGUAAAUGAUGUAAAGAUCUGUAUUGGUAGGUUUUCUCCAGCAGGAUGUAGACCUCUGAAGUGCUUCAUGGCCAGGAAGUCGUAGCAGGUUUUCUCAGUGGGGAAAAUUUAAAAGGCUUUUUUGAGAAUCACCGCUAUCACGUCCUGUGGUGAACAACAAUAUUCCAAACCCAAUACAUUAUGUGCUACAUACAUUUUACCCUCUGGGUGUCACUGGAUCAAGGCGUUUAGCAGUCAACAGAUGAAAAAUGCUAGAAGGUGGUUAACGCGCCUGUGCACUGAAAUGAUGUUAUAUAAAAGUAAGUCCACUGUUAAACUGAAUUCCAUUGAUUUUUCUAAUAUUCUGCAUAGUUUAAUCAUUAAGAUGCAAACAAGUCAUUCAGAGUGGUUUGGUGUGCAGUGCUUUGUUCUAGAGAAACCUACAGAGUUUGAAUUGUUGACAGUGGUGGUGAUAGGAACCAGAUGUCUGAAGCAUUUGAUGCCUCAAAAAACUCCCUCUCGGAAAGUUAUUACACAAAAUACAUUCUUUUAUGAUAGUUUUGAGAUUUGAAACUAAAAUUAAAAUUUUUUAUACAUUCAAGGGGUUGAAAGGCAAAAAUAGUUCCCAAUAAAAAAAACACUUUUUCAUUUUUAUAUUGUACACUCCUGUUACACUGUAGACAUUGCGACCACUGAAUUUCUACCACCUCCAAUAAAGGAAUCAGAAUCUGUACAUUUCUCUACAGUGAACCAUUUUGCAUCUAAGCACACUGUUUGCAUCUCAAUGAAUGAUGCAGAACUUUGAGAUCUGCACAAUUUCCAUAUUGUUCUAUACCAAAACCAGCCUAAAACUGCCAAAGCUUCUUAACUACCACAUUUGAAAAGCUUGCUGGUUUGUGUGGAGUAUUUCGAUGAGGUUGCCAGGCUUAAGAUGUCUGUUCAGUGUGCAGUAGUGUUAGCUUGCAUGCAUAUUUUGGCUCCUCGUUCUUCUCCUCAGAGAAUCCAGUGACAUUUGUAGGAUGGCAAACGCGUCAGUUUUGACCAUUUUAGUUUACCACAGGAUGCGAUUAUUGAUUUUCAGAAACGGCGUUCAUUUUCCUAAAAUCUGAUCAGGAAUUCUUAACAUGGGCAAGACGCCAAAUGGAGGAUGAUGACGCCACUACAUCGUCUGUUACUGCAUCUGAGUGAUUUGGAGAAAUGAGUGGAGAAUUAGUGGAGAAAUGAGUAUCUAUUUUGUACAGAUUUAUCAUUUAACUGAAUAACUGGGGUUAACUGAGAUUUUCCUGAAGGUAAAACCUGUUUCAGCAGCUUGAUGCAGUGACACCUGUUUAGUAGCACUCAGUGAUUAGUUUUCAUUAAAGCAAACUCAUCUAAGGGUACAUUCCAGUGUUUUUAACUAAUCUCGAUCCACUGCAUCUGUACAAUAUUGUUAAAUCUAAUAGGCAGUAAUUGCAGCAUGUUUCAUUGUACUUAACAAUAACAGAAAACUCAUUGACCUGAAACUGACUUAUAAUGGAAUUUAAUGGGCAGUUGCUGAAUUCUCUGUAUAGAUGUUUAAAAUAUAUCAUGGUAAUGCCUUCAAACCAGUGAGUAUUAGGCACAAGCAAUACAGGUCUAAGGAUGAGAACGACAUGAGAGCCUAUCUUACUAAAGCUCUUCUCAUGAGGUCGACUUCUGAAUGCUGGAGCAAUAGAAGACAAAAGUUCUAGUUACUUUCGCUAAAGUUUUCUGAUGUCCAUCAUGAGGAGCCUGCAAAAACUUAGCUGGUAAUGUAUUAGUUCUACAAAUGUCCAUGUUUACUGACAAACCUCAGCAAAAAGCCAAAUAGCUUCUGUUCCAAGUAUUUUUCAAGUCAACAUGUCAUACAGGACUGGUUGAAAAACUCUUUUAGUAUUGAUACAGUAAGCCUUAAAAUUGUGUGUACACCUCAGCCAACCAAGCAAUACUGUGCACAGCUGUUGUUAUUUCUCACUUUCCCAGAUUUGUGUAAAAGGGUGUGUGGAGGGGGAGGUAUCACAAAAAGGUGUAAAAUGAAGGAGUGUGUGUGUGUGCGCGCCUAACAAAAUUAAAUGAAUGCAAAGUUUAAAAGAAGAAAAAAUAAAGUACAUCAAGAUGCUGGAUAAUGGAUUUAUACAUCACAGAUAAUAAAGGAUCUAAGCUAAAGAACAAAUGUU